UCUAAAUCAGCAGUCGAAGCUUCGAUUCUCAAUAUGCUCUUUUUGAACUGAUUGCAUUAGGUUCUCCUGCCAAAUUUCCUUUCCAAAGAAAGGUGGGGUUGCUCUGCUUAAAGUAGAAUGGGACCUAGUAAAGGUACGAUCAAGCGGGAAUACACUCAUCUUAUAGAAAACUGGGAAGUUCCUCAAUAUGAUAGUAGAUUGAUGAGGCGAUUGAAGAGAAGGUCCACUGCUAGUGAGAUGAUGGAACACAAUUGCAGAGCCAACGCUAAAAGGAAAAAUGUGGGCACUUGGGGCGAUGAAGUUGUGAAAAAUGGUGAGAAUAGUGGUCAUGUUUUGGAGGAAGAAGUGGAUGAGGAUUAUGAAUUCUUUUUAGAUAAAGCUGUCUUUCAUGUUUCUGAUGCUGAUGUUAACACAAGCCAUGACAGUUAUAAUGAUGACGACACGGAUGCUCAGUAUAAAAUGUUCUUGGAAAAUUUAAGGGAAACUGAUAACUCAUACAUAUUAAAAGUCUUUGCUGGUAACCAGUUAUUUUGUGCAAAGUAUGAAGGACAAGAAGAGAGAUUGCAUGAUUCGGUCAAUAGUAAAAUUCAUUGUGAGGGUGAUGAUGAAGAUUAUCAGUUAUUCCUGAAUUCAUCAAGGAUAGAAGGUGACAAUUUGAUUUAUAUUCCAGAAAGUGCUAUAACAAUAAGCUAUGGGGCAGGUGAAUCAGAAGAAAAGAACUCAGAGGUUAGGCAGAACUUUCAAGUUCCCUUUGAGGUAACUGAACUCCCUAAUUCAAGACAAGUUUCAGAUGAUUAUCAUGUGGCCAAGAAAAAUACCCACAGUGAAGUGCGGAGUGAUGCUGUGGAUGAAGACUGGCAAACAUAUCUGAAUUCUGAGAUUAGGAAGAACUCAAAAGAAAAAUGUUCAGCAGUUAGGAAAAAUUUACAAGUUUCCGAUGCGGCAACUGAACCCCCUAAUAUUAGACAAGGUUCAGAUGUUUAUCGUGUGGCCAAGGACAAGCGGAACAAUGAAGUGUUGAGAGACGUGGAUGAAGAUUGGCAAGAAUUUCUGAAGUUUGAGGUUAGGCAGAAUUUACAAGUUUCCAGUGAGGCAGCUGAACCCCCUAAUGCUGGACAAGCUUCAGAUGAUUAUCAAAUGGCCAAAAACAAGUGCCACAGUGAAGUGUUGAGUGAUGUUAUGGAUGAAGACUGGCAAAUAUAUCUGAAUUCUGAGGUUAAGAAGAAUUCAGAAGAACAAGGUUCAGCAGUUUGGCAGAAUUCACAAGUUUCCAAUGAGGCAACUGAACUUCCUAAUGCAAGACAAGGUUUGUUUGCUUCUCAUGUGGCCAAGCACAGGUGCAACAGCAAGGAGUUGGGCAAUAUUGUGGAUGAAAAUUACCAACUAUUCCUGAAAUCUAUUUGUGCAAAUGGUGACAAUUUGAUUUACAUGCCUGAAAAUGGUGUGAGAGUGGUAUAUGAGGACGAAUGUGAUCAAAGCUCCACUGAUUCUGAACCAAUUAUUCUGGAUCCUAGUCAAUAUUACUUGGACAGCCCAUCCAUUUGUCAAAAAAGUUGUCAUUCAUCGGUAAGUGUCUUUUUCUUGGGCAGUGAUAGCUGUAAUAUUCAUAAUAUGUAA